GGGAUUUCACUUCCUUUGAUAUAGCACCUGUGAAGAGAUAUCUGCUGUUGGAGCCUUGCGGACCUUCAUGAACAAUUCUUCACUGCUUGACUCAACCUCAGAACAGGCAUGGUUUACAUGGACAGAAGAGCAAUCAGAAGCAGGACAUGACUGUCUAUUUGUCAUAGAGGCGGAAACAUCUGUAAGACUUGAGGGAUGCACCCAUAGAGGACUCUGACAUCACAUUGUAUGUGGACGGGAGUGCAUCUAUUGGACUGUGGGGUGAGAGAUUGUCUGGGUUUGCAAUUGUUGAUCAAAAAAUGGAAAUUAUAGAAGCAGCUGCCUUUUUAGUCACCUUAUUCACCACAGCAAGCUGAAUUAUUCACUUUAAUUAGGGCUUGUAUUAUUGGGGAAAAUCUAAAAGUAAAUAUUUACACUGAUUCUCAGUAUGCUUUUGGAGUGGUGCAUGACUUUGUGCAAUUAUGGAAAAAUAGGGGAUUUCUAACUUCCACAAGAACCCAAAUCUCAAAUAAACAAUUGGUGACAGAUUUAUUGAAGGCCUUAAUGCUACUCAGCCAAAUUUAUGUAUGAAAUGCAGCACCCUUACUGAAGGACAGACUCUAGUGGAUAUUGUGGAUUGUAAUGCCGACUUGAUAGUUAAGAAAGUAUCGUGGGAACGUAAGAUGGUGGUAUGCAAAAUGAUGAGGCAGACUAAAAGUUUAACUAAUAAGUCCCCCUCGGAGAAACUGAGACCAACUAGGAUGUGAAGGAGGGAAAACACCAUUGCCUAUGGGUCUGUUUGAGACAUUGCAGAUGGACUAUAUCGAAUCAGAAAGGUGUCAGGGGUGUAAAUAUGUACUUGUCAUAGUCAAUGUAUUGAAGCCUACCCAACCCUUGAUAACAAAGCAGCUACUGUUGUCAAGGUGUUAAUGAGAGAAAUUAUCCCUAGAUUCGGUAUCCCCAUUCAAUUUAGUUCAGAUUAUGGUCCACAUUUUAUUGGACAAAUCAAUAAAGAAUUUUGUGAACAUCUGGGGAUCCAGCAGCAAUUACACUGUGCAUAUCGACCACAGGCUGCUGGACUUCUAGAAAGAGCAAAUCAGACCCUUAAAACUAAAUUAGCCAAAUUGAAGGCAGAGACUGGACUAGGAUGGAUUAAAUUACUCCUAAUAGUCCUAUUUCAGAUGAGAGUCAUGCCUGUAGGGAAAUCUAGAUUAAGCCCAGCUGAAAUUGUUUAUGGUAGACCCGUGAAAACAUCUUGGAACCAGAAUGCGAUGAAAAUAAUCAAUUUCCACCAAUGCGAUGAAAAUAAUCAAUUUCCACCAUAUGACUGCGGAGAACCUCUUGUAAACAGGUUCAUCCGCUUAGAAGCUGUUGGGACAGAAGACGUGAGCGGCGGACUGGCUUGCGAUGCGAAUAGGGCUGUUGAGCCAAAACCAAAAAGGCCUAAGGCAGGCAAGGCCAUUGUAGUGGGAGACUCCAUUGUGAGAGGUACGGACAGGGGUUUCUGCGGCAACAGACAGGAUGCAAGGAUUGUGUGCUGCCUUCCCGGUGCCAGGAUCCAGGAUGUCACGGACAGAGUGCAGAAAAUCCUCAAGGGCGAAGGUGAACAUCCGGAAGUGGUAGUGCAUGUCGGCAUAAACGAUGUCGGAAAGAAGGGGAUGAAUAUUCUGCAGCGUGACUUUAGAGAGCUCGGAAAAAUGUUGAAAAGCAGGGCCUCCAGGGUUGUUAUCUCUGGUUUGCUUCCAGUUCCCCAAACUGGCGAGAGCAGGAACAGGGAGAUACGGGACCUGAACGUGUGGCUGAGGAACUGGUGCACGGGGCAGGGAUUUAGAUUCUUAGAUCACUGGGAUCUGUUUUGGGGUAAGGGAGAACUGUACAAAAGGGACGGAUUGCAUCUUAAGAGGUGUGGGACCAGCAUUCUGGCAGGCAGGUUUGCCGCUGCUACACGGGUGGCUUUAAACUGA